CGUCCAAUACGCCAUCUGUAUAUUUUGGCGAAAGAUUUGCUGGGCAGUUUUGAGAAGGAAACAAAUAUUUCUACUCGCGUACUGGCCACUUUUCCGGGUACCGAAUUACAUGGAUUGAUGUACCGAAAUGUAAUGUUCAGUGAUUUGGCACAACCCUUUUUGGAUGCCAAGCAUGUAACAACAUCAAUGGGAACGGGUCUUGUUCAUACAAGUUAUGCGCAUGGCAACGAUGAUUUUCGAAUGGCGAUGAAACGCGGUGAAAAAGUGCACUGUUUUGUGGACGAACAGGGUUGCUACACAAGAGAUCUUGGACACGAGUUGGAGGGCAAGAAUGUUUUGGCUGAAGGAAAUGAAUUCGUACUGCGCAUGUUUCAGAAGCAUGUUGUGCAUGAGCAUGCUUACAAACACCAAUAUCCCUAUGAUUGGCGGACAAAGCAGGUGCUUUUUAUUAUGCAAAAAUCGUUUUUAGUGAUGAAAGUUCUAGAAGGACCAAGAAUUUUGCGAUAUCGCUGUGGAAAAAAUAUUGUAGAAAUUUUUGUGUGCUAG